AGGAUGAGAAGCAAGAGGAAAUGGAAGGGAACAAGGAGUAAGAGAUGCAGAAGAAGAACUAGAAGAGGAGGAAGAAGAAGAAUGAGGGAAGAGAAGGAAAAGGAAAAGGAUGAGAAGAAUAAGGAGAAACAGGAAAAUCGAUGGAAAAAAGGAAGGAAGAUGAGUACAUUGAGGAAGGAGUGGCGAGAGGAGAAGAAGAGGGAGAAGAAAGAAAAGCAAGAGGAAAAACAGGAGAAAAAGGAGAGAACAGAACUAGCAUUCCCUAGGAGUAGGACGAGGAGAAGGAUAAGGAGAAAAUGGAGGAGGAUUAGAGUGAAGGAGGAUGAGCAAAAGAAAGAGAAGGGGAAGCAAGAGGAAAAACAAGUGAAGAUGGAGGAACAAGGGGAAAAAAAGAAGAAUGAGGGUGGAGAAGGAGCAGGAGAACAGGGAGAGAAUGAGAAAGAGAGAAAUCGGCUGGAAAAAAAGACAGGAAUGAGAGAGAGAAAAAAAGAAGGAUGA